GUGGCCCGGGCGGCUGGGAGAAGCGGAGUGUUGGUGAGUGACGCGGCGGAGGUGUAGUUUGACGCGGUGUGUUACGUGGGGGAGAGAAUAAAACUCCAGCGAGAUCCGGGCCGCGAACGAAAGCAGUGACGGAGGAGCUUGUACCACCGGAGGAAAUGCCUAGAGGAGGGAUGUGAAGCCAGUAUCUCAGACCUGACGCUCGCUCCUGCUUUCUACCCUCUUUCUGAAGCUGACUGGGGCAGCUUGAGAAAUCAACUUUGCUGCCACCUCUGCCCUCCUCUUUAGUAAAGGAAGAGGCAUGAGAGGGACCAUCCCUAUGUCCUAUUAGGAAGAAACACCAGAAAGAAGACUUGAAUUUCUUCAUUGUUUGUUUUUUGAAGGUAACUAAAUGACCAUGGAAUCUGGAGCAGACAACCAGCAGAGUGGAGAUGCUGCUGUAACAGAAGCUGAAAAUCAACAAAUGACAGCUCAAGCCCAACCACAGAUUGCCACAUUAGCCCAGGUAUCCAUGCCAGCAGCUCAUGCGACAUCAUCUGCUCCCACUGUAACCUUGGUGCAGCUGCCCAAUGGGCAGACAGUCCAAGUCCAUGGAGUUAUUCAGGCAGCCCAGCCAUCGGUUAUUCAAUCCCCACAAGUCCAAACAGUUCAGUCUUCCUGUAAGGACUUAAAAAGACUUUUCUCCGGAACUCAGAUUUCAACUAUUGCAGAAAGUGAAGAUUCACAGGAGUCUGUGGAUAGUGUGACUGAUUCACAAAAACGAAGGGAAAUUCUUUCAAGGAGGCCUUCUUACAGGAAAAUUUUGAAUGACUUAUCUUCUGAUGCACCAGGGGUGCCAAGGAUUGAAGAAGAAAAGUCAGAGGAGGAGACCUCAGCCCCUGCCAUCACCACUGUAACGGUGCCAACUCCGAUCUACCAGACAAGCAGUGGGCAGUAUAUUGCCAUUACCCAGGGAGGAGCUAUACAGCUGGCUAACAAUGGUACCGAUGGGGUACAGGGCCUUCAGACAUUAACCAUGACCAAUGCAGCUGCCACUCAGCCGGGUACCACUAUUCUACAGUAUGCACAGACCACUGAUGGACAGCAGAUUCUAGUGCCCAGCAACCAAGUUGUUGUUCAAGCUGCCUCUGGCGAUGUACAAACAUACCAGAUUCGCACAGCACCCACUAGCACCAUUGCCCCUGGAGUUGUUAUGGCAUCUUCCCCAGCACUUCCUACACAGCCUGCUGAAGAAGCAGCCCGGAAGAGAGAGGUUCGGCUAAUGAAGAACAGGGAAGCAGCAAGAGAAUGUCGUAGAAAGAAGAAAGAAUAUGUGAAAUGUUUAGAGAACAGAGUGGCAGUGCUUGAAAACCAAAACAAGACAUUGAUUGAGGAGCUAAAAGCACUUAAGGACCUUUACUGCCACAAAUCAGAUUAAUUCGGGAUUUAAAUUUUCACCUGUUACGGUGGAAAAUGGACUGGAUUGGCUACAACCAGAAAGACAAAAUAAACAUUUAUUUUCUAAACAUUUCUUUUUUUCUAUGCGCAAAACUGCCUGAAAGCAACUAGAGAAUUUCAUUCGUUUCUGCUUUUGCAUUAAACUGUGAAUGUUCCAACACCUGCUUCCACUCCUCCCCUCAAGAAAUGUGCAGCACCAGGAACCAUGAAGAGACUUCUGCUCUCCAUCUCCCACCCUCAAGAAGUAAUCAUCUGUUUAUUUGUAAAUUGUUGGGAAAUGAGGAAAAUGAAAUCUUGGCUUUGUUUGUUUUGUUUCGUUUCUUUUUAGUGAUUUCAAGGUUUGUGCUGAGCUCCAUGAUUGCCUUAGGGACAGAAUUACCCAGCCUCUCGAGCUGAAGUGAUGUGUGGGCAUGUGAGGAAAGUAAGUAAGAUACAAUGAAGAAGUGUUGAUUCCCAAAUUGAUGUUUCUACAGUUUCAUUGUGAAUUAUGUGACGCUAACUGUUCAAAGACAUGCCCUCUAAAAAAGGGUUUUAGUUCAGUGUUGAAGAGUAGACUAUGUAUGUUCUUUUCUUCAGUACUAACUAAAAGUUGACCUUGGUUCUGACAAGCAUUCUGUAUUAACCACAGCUCUUAUGUAGGUCAGUUGUUACUUCUGAAUUCAGUUCUGUGUGUUCAGCAAUUUGAAUACAUUAAAAGAAGUAACCAGCUGAAAACAAGCAUGGUAUUUGAGUUUUAGUUAAGUUAAAAUCCAAGUACAAAGCUUAUUUUGGUUAAUAUUAAAUUUUAAUGAACAGAUGCUGGCCAGGAAGCCAACUCCUUGAGUUAUAUAACAAGGUUUUAAUAAAUAAAAGCUUUUGCCCUUGCCUUCAAAA